AUGUCGGGAUACGCUUGCAAGUACUGGGCCCAGCAUGUUUUGCCCCUUAAAGACAAGAACAAGGACCUGCUUUGGCGGUUUCUCGAAAAUGACCAGAGCGUAGCUGCGGCCUACCAGGUUUACCUUGUUACCCAGGAGAUGCCACGAGGGACCGGAUCCAGCCAGGUCGCUCCACAAGGCAUUACUGGCAUGCAUCUUGUUGCUCACUUCGGUCUUCAUGAGAUUCUAGGCGAAUUGAUUGAGAGAAGAGUCAAUGAUGUCGCCGCGAAAGAUAGCAAUGGCCAUACUCCACUGUGGUGGGCAGCUAAGAGCAGGAUGAAGGAGACGGCUAAGAUCCUGAUACCCAGGGAUUAUGAGACAGUCAGCUCUCUCGUUAGAUUUGGAGACGUUGAUCUUGUACAGCUGCUCUUAGAUGCAAAAUAUGAUCUCAACCGAAGGGGAGCUUGGGGCAGAACUCUACUACACAACGCCAUCAUGGAAGACAAACCGAUCAUUGCUCACAAGCUUUUGGAAGAAGACGCCAAGUUUGAUCAAGCUGACGGUAAUGGAGACACACCGUUGUCACUCGCACUUCAGAAAGGCCAACGUCAGACAGCAGAUACCCUGCUUGACAUGGGUGCAUCUACCAAAAACACCACCGUGGAACAGUGGCGGAACGCAUACGGCAAAUCUCAAUGUAGUGUCAUGCAUAUCACCAGAGCAGUGAGGAAGUCUUCUGUCAAGUUUCUGGAAGGUGAAACCCAAGAUGAGAUGGAAGCUGCGGUUCAACAUCAAGCAAUGGAUCUAUUCAUCUCCCCCGCAACUUCAUUGGUACUGAAGUUUCCAAUAGCAACAAUGAUGGACCAGAAGACGGGAUUUUGUUUGCCUUCCAUGGUGCCUAUUGGGAUCAAAUGGAGCAUGAUCAAAGAUGAGAAUGGAAAAGAUGGCUUCCGUCGAUCGACUCAUUAUCACAACUUGCCUGAUACAUGGAUUCCGGAAGAGACGUUACACAUGUAUCUUCAAUUCUUGAAGCAGAUGAGAAUAAGGUGGGAGAUGAUAUGCGAGAAUGGCGCAUUACACUUGCAACACUGUGUGAGUUAUCACGUACACGUGUUCCCAAGAUUCAACGAGGCUGACGAGAUUCCGCAUUUCAAGCGGAGGGAGAUCCUCAAUGCAAAGGGCGAAGAUCUAGAGCUCACAGACCAACUUCUGGAAGACGCACAACAAUGGACAGAACUGCGCAGAGAGUUAGCACAACAAGUCAAUGCGGCAACCCAGUUUGUUUCCGAAUACAAUCGCCUUUACCGAGAACAGAAGGCUCAUGGAGACUGCCAAGACUUCUUGCACAAGUUCCAGUUCGAUGUAGAACAAAGUCUGAACUCGCUCGAUACCACGUCACAAAACCUUAUCAACAUAGAAUUCAAUCUCGUGACGAUUCGAGAGGCUCGCAAAUCAGUAACCAUGUCGGCUAGCCUAAAGCGCCUCAGUUGGAUUACAUUCGUGUUUCUCCCAGCAACAUUCUCUGCCGUAGGUGCACUCUAA